AUGGCCAGUAGCACCGAGAAAGUUCAAGUUGAAUAUCGAGAAUCCGUCCAGAGCAAAUCCACGACGGAUUCCAUGGCGACUUCGCCAAAUAACCUUAAUAAGAUCUACAUCACGGUCGAGCCAUUAGGUGAAGCAGUAUCAAAGGCAAUCGAAAAAGGGGAUAUCGGGGCGAAUGAUGAUUUCAAGAUCCGUGCUCGCAAAUUAGCUGAUGACUAUGGCUGGGACGUUACAGAAGCUCGAAAAAUUUGGGCAUUCGGUCUCGGCCCAGAUGAUUCUGUCAACAUGUUGGUUAAUCAAACCAAGGCUAUCCUGCAUCUCGUAGAGGUCAGAUCGCAUAUUAUUGCUGCCUUUCAGUCAAUAACAAAAGAAGGCCCUAUAUCUGGACUACCAAUGCGGGGCGUCAAGUUCAAUAUCAUGGACAUUGUUCUCGCUGAUGAUCCUGCCAACAUGGGAGCCAACGAAAUAGUUGAAACUACCCGUCGAGCUAUCAACGCUUCAAUCCUCUUGGCGAAUCCUGGUCUCUUGGAGUCUGUACACUCAGCAACGAUACAAAUUCCAGAGACUGCCUCAAGUAUUGCCUCCGACAUCAUUACCAAACGGGGUGGUAAUAUCUUUUCUGAAGUCAAAGCUGCUGGAGCUUCACCAUACACUAUCGAAGCCUAUAUACCAGCCAAAAAAUCUUCCGGUUUAGAAACGAUCCUUCAGACAGCUAUCAAGGGCCAAGUAUCUGUACAACUAGUUCAUGACCAUUGGCGACCUCUCGAAGGUGAUCCGCUUGAUCCAGAGAGUCAAAUUCGAAAUCUUGCGAUCGAACUCAGACAAGAAAAAGGUCUUCCCGCCGAAAUACCAUCAGCCGAGACCUACUUCGAUAAAGCUUAG